GACAAGACAAGCCCAUUACUUCCGUGUUGUGUUUGCACUUGAAAACACUCAGAGGUGUAGAGGCGUGAGUUACUACACCGAGUUAACCUACUCUUUGUGGGGAUAAGAUAAGCUGAACUUUGCCUUACACUCUAAGAGAAUGCAGUAGUUCAGUAGAGUUUUUCAACAGGUAACAUAAAAAAAAAAAGACAAGAAUGGUUGUAAACAAACAUCCUGAAGCGCUGCUUUUGGCAGAAAACGGCAACUUGAAGAGUUUGGAGAGCCUUGAUCUGAGUCUAGCCAACGACAGCGUUGCCGAUGAACAUGGCUCCAACUGCCUACACUACGCAGCAAGGACUGGAAAUAUCGACAUCCUCAAUUUUCUGAUCCACAAGCGAAAAUUCCGUGGGAAUAAAAAGAAUCGGGUCGGGGCAACUCCGGCUCACGACGCUGCUGCAACGGGCCAGCUCGAUGCGCUGAAGUGGAUGAUCACCCACACCGAUUGCGACCCUGAUGACAGCGACGUCUCCGGGCAGACUUGCCUUCACCUCGCAGCAAGGUAUGACCACCCAGACAUCAUCAGCUGGCUCCUAGUGGAGGGACAUGCAUCUGUAAUGGAGAGGACAGAAACAGGUGCCCUGCCUCUGCAUUAUGCUGCCUCAUCAGGUGCCCUGGAAUGUGUACAACUACUGGUGAAGGAGUCCCCAGGAACUGUCAACAUGCAGACCCAGAAUGGUACCACGGCGGCCUAUCUGGCAGCUCAGGGCGGCCAUCUUGAAGUGCUUCGCUACCUUAUCCAUCACCGCGCAACCACCAAGAUCCGUGCAUACGAUGGCAUGUCGUGUGUGCAUGCUGCCGCGCAAAUGGGGCAGUUAACAUGCCUGAUAUGGCUGAUUCUUGAUCACCAUGAGAGUGCAGAUGACCGCGACUUCAGCGGGUCAACUCCCCUCCACUUCGCGGUCAGUCAGGGGCAUGAGAGUACGGCAAGAUGGCUGCUGGACCAUGGUGCCCUAGUCACUCUUGACCAUCUGGGAGGAAGUCCACUACAUGAUGCUGCAUUGCAUGGUCAGCUAGAGUGUAUCCGCAUUCUUCUUGAACAUAAAGCCAAUACCACCAUCACUGACAAUGAGGGCCUCACAGCAGCCAUGUUGGCUGAGAAAUGUGGGUAUUUUCAGUGUGCUGACCUCCUGAAUGGUAGAACUGGAAAUCAGGUAAUUGUCUUUUUUUCUGUUAAAGCAUUAAAUGAUCAAAACUUUUAAAAAUGGAUUUCUAAACAAUGAGAACACUUUUUGG